AUGGCCCAGUCGCUCUCCACCUCGUGUCCCUCUCUCUCCGAGGCCCUUUCCACUGCCCCGGCCAUCCAGCUUCCCGACGGUACCCUCCAGCAUUCCUCUGUUCCGCACCCGGCCCCGCCUUUCUUCCGUAACGCUCACGUCGGACACGUCAAUCUGGACACAUUCUCCCCCGUCAACGAGAAUGGGAGCUUUGAGUUUGAUCGGGUUCUGAAGACGGGCAAGAUCCUUCGUCGCGUGAAGCACAAGCAUGCGUUCCGAGCUUCCUGGAAACAAGCGUACCUCGUGCUGCGACCGAAUCUGUUAUCUGUCUACAAAGAUGAAGAGGCGACUCGGCUCCGCGCGUCAAUCACCCUGUCCGAAGUAACCGCAGUCGCGCCCGUCCGAUCGUCGCGCUCAUCGAAACAGCACGUUUUCGGGAUCUUCUCCCCCUCGAAAAACUAUCGCUUCCAGGCGUCGUCGGAGAAGGAGGCACAGAUCUGGAUCGAGAGUAUUCGCGCCGAGACCCGCGUGGAUGAAGAAGAGGAAGCGUUUCUAGGAAAAGGGGGGAAACCAAAUGCGACGGCGGACACGAACCGCCCUCGCAUCUACGACUCGACCGACCACUCGGAAGUGGAACAUGCGGGACGAGCCAGCUCGCCGGAGCUGGGCCGUCACUCCGGCCGGCUCGCGUCCAUCCAAGACUACUCCGGCAACGACAUCACCUCCUACUCGGAAUGGUCGGACGGUCCGGCCAGCACCUACGUCAAGUCCAAGUCCUCGUUCCAGAACCUGUCUGCGUCGGCCCCGAGUAGCACCCCACCGCCACUGCCACGCGACCAGAACCGAGUCGUCGACGCGGCCACCCCGCGCGACCCGGAGAGGGUGAUCUGCAACGGCUAUCUGCAGUGUCUUCGGAUCAAGGGCACCGUGCGCCAGUGGAAACGGCUGUGGGUUGUGUUGCGCCCAAAAAGCCUUUCCUUCUACAAGGAUGAUCAGGAAUACUCCGCCGUGCGAAUCAUCCCCAUGGAACAAGUCAUCGACGCCGCAGAGAUCGACCCCGUGUCGCGCUCCAAACAGAACUGCAUCCAGAUCAUCGCAGAAGAGAAAUCCUACCGACUAUGCACCGAAGACGAAGAAUCGCUCGCCAAGUGGCUCGGCUCUCUGAAGAGCGUCCUCGUCGCCCGGAAGAAGAAAGCUGCUUAA